AUGUACCUCAGCGAUGAGAAGCUUGCGGCCCUGCUGCCGUUCGUAGCGCAAAUUCCGGAGGUGGUUGCUGCCUAUGAGGCCUUUGCUAAGAUCUGGGCUGCCUGCGGUCUUCCUGAGAAGCCACUGUCGGCGAAGUUAAUUGGAGCUGUGUUCGUUGACGGCCCUCCUGAGCCCAUUCUCUCUGAGCCUCAGCGGCUACGCGCUGCAGAUGCCUCGCUUUGGCAGCUUGUCUUCCUGACAGACUCCGGCCUCACCGUCGACAGCUUCGAGAAGCUUGAGGACGCGAAAACCGCGCUAGCCGCUCUCAAAGUGACACAGACGGGUGAGGGCGGCGGCGUCGUCCUGAAGGGCGGAGAGGUGGUAGCCGAACAGCUGCAGCUGAAGUAUAUGCUGAAGGAGGAUUUCGUGGAGUUUCUACCGGAGGCCACCCGAGAGCCACAGAAGUCCACCGUCACGGAAGAGGACGAGCUUAAGGCUGUUGAACUACAAGCCCGCGAACGACUCGACGAGUUGAUGACCCUGGCACCUGAGAUUGGCAAGCUGAAGGCCCAUUAUGCUGAGAAGGCCCUGGGAAAGCCCGAGGUGGUCGUGGGCAGACCCUCCCAUGCCCUACAGGUCUUCUCCGAGCUGUUCCCUGAGUAUGUAUCGCUUGGUGGAUGCACCGUCGACGGCUGA